AUGGAGCUCACCAAAGCCACUGGCAGUUUAGAAGUCACCGAACAGACCAAAACCCGGACAAUGGGCAAAGGCACCAUAACAGGGGCCCAGGUGGAGAUUAGAAACAACAAGAACAGAAGCCACGUCAAACUCACUUUAGUUAUCAUCGGUGAAGCAGAAGAUGCUGAACUGAAGACGACUGAACAGAUCUCAGAGGCUAAAGAGUCAGUACGCGCAUCACUAAUGAACUACUUCGCCGUGGACCAUCCUGAACUUUUCUCCACCUGCGCGUCCUCGCGCCCUCCGUUGGGCCCAGCCGCCUCAGGCGAGUCCCCAAGGGGUCCCACCCGCCGCUGCCCCCCCCCCCUUCCCGGUCGCUCGCCCGACCCCGCCCCCACCUCCCCGCAAGGUGUCGCCGCCGCCGCGGGCUCCCGGGAGGAGGCGCUUCGAGGCUGGCGGGAGGCUCCGGGUGACGCGGCCCGGCUUGGCCCGGCCGCCGCCCGCGGGAACAGCAAGGGGAGCAGACCCCACAGCCUGUGCCGCACCGGUGCUCGGAUAGGCGCCGCAGCCCCGGCGCCCCAUUACCUGCUCCGGGCAGCCGCGGCCGGCGGGAGGCGCGAUCGCUCUGGCCCCUGCAGCCCCGGGUCGGGAGACGAGGAGGCAGCGACCGCAGCCGCCGCAAAGGACAAUCAGGAGCCAGCGGGCUCGGCACCGCCUCGGCGGGCGCAGAACGCACGAGCCCAGCGGGAGCCCGGCCCCCACCUUCAGCCCGGCGAGUAACCGACUUGGCCCCCUCCCUCGGAAGGGCGGGGCCACGGCUGGAGGGGCGGGCUGGGGCGGGACCGUAACGCCCGCGGGGCCGGAGCUCCUCAGACGCUUCGUAAGACGCGCCUGCUUAUAGGCUGCGACGGAGGUAGGCGUCUCGGACUUGAAGACGGCCUCGACAGCAGAGCUCUCUCAUUGGUCGGUAAGAGAAAACAAAGCAGAGGUCUGAUUGGUGAGAGCUCUGUAGCUCCUCUCCCUCUCCCCUCAAUCAUCGGAAGCUCCGCCCCUACCCGCUCGGUUCCCAGGUGGCUGCCGAAUGCGUUGUCUUACAGACCUGCAACGUCUCCGAAGCGAAGAAACCCGGAUACCCAGGUUUCUUUGCCAGAGUCACCAAAGAAGUGGACAUUCAUUCACCAAGCCAGUCUAUCAGGCAUAGAUCUAGUAAGAACCUACUAUUUUGCAGGGAUAGGCUAGCUGUGGGGGUAUAAUAUUGAGUAUGAUACCAACCCAGGUGGAUGUACAGACAAAUUGUUACUGCACAAGUGGUUAGGAAAUCAAGGGUGCUAUGGGAACAGAAUCCAGAAAGGGCCAAGGAGAUCAUCCUGAAAGAAAUGAGGAAUCACUGAAUCAGUAGGGGGUCAUCCCAGUGAAAGGCUACCAGGUUCUAGAUCCAAAGAGCCACAACAAAGGAACAUUGGGCCACAGUCCAGAAGCAGGAAAUCUAAGGCAAAGCCUUAGAAAGCAUUGCAUAAAAAAUCAACUUUCCCCACAUCGCAAGUUUACCUAGGAUGGAUGAGCCCAGAAUGUGGAAACAAAAAUCCAAUUAGAAGCAGCAUUCUGAAAGCAUAAGAGCUGAGCAAAGCAUGAGAAGAAAAAGACUGUUGUUUCACAUUAUCUCCUUCGUUUCUUCAACACAAGUCAUUAAAAAUUGCACACACACCCUUAUAACUAUGACAUUCCUUUUAGGGUAGUAAUGAGUUAACAGUAUUAAUCCUAUUUGGCCAGAAUUAGGACAGAGCUGAAGCCCUGGGAGUUAGAGAUCUGUUCUACCAGUUCCGGCCUUUUGUGUGCUUCUGACCAUGGCUUUCUCUUUACUGGUUGAACUCACACCAUUACCAGAUAUCUGUAAGAAAAGAGAGCCCCCCCCCCCACCCUGCACUGUGGAGGCUAAUCAGUGGAAAUGCUGAGAAUGUCAAAAUAUCUUGGUGCAUCCAGCUGGUAGUGGCAGGUGAAUCAAAAGAUGCAGCAACUAAAUAAGUUAAAAAGUAAAUAAAAAAUGUAACCACUGAAAUGUAUGGCACAAUGCUUCAAAGCCACUGAAAAGUAAUCUCUGUGCCCCAAUAAUAGAGUUCAAAGAUUAAUGCUUAAGACAGAGGGGUAACGUAGAAUCCAAGGGCAAAGAUAAGUCAGUCUUGACUUGAAAGACAAGAGGAACUUGGCUGUAGUUUUCUCUGUCUUCAAACCAGCCUCUUUCUACUCUCCCAUUCUCUAGAAAACAGCUUUCAGGGCUCCAAAGUUCAGCAAAGUAAAGCUACCUUAGUGCUCUCCAACCCCCAACCUAAUCAACUACCUUGACACAAUCCCAAAUUCUAUGGAGAGAAAAUACGAGUGGCUGUGCCUGGUCCGUCUCCACUCUACCCCACCACCUGUGAUCAUGGAGGUGUGGGGAGAGUGGGGACCACCAACAUGGCUGCCAGGGCCCAUCUCUGUUGACAGCCAGUGAUUUUCCAGAGAACAGGCACUAGACAGAUUGCCAGAUAGGCAUGCAUCCUGCCCCCCGCUACCCAACGUUUUGUGGCGUCAGUCAGUGGGGCUCCAUUAUCUAUUCAGUGAAAGUCUUUGCCUGUCCUUUCACACUAAGAUGGAGGCCCAGAGGCCAAGACCAAAGUCUUCAAUGGUGACUGCCCGCUUUCUUGAAAUCUGUUUAUUUCAGUUGGCUUCCAGACACGAAGUAUCCCUGUCUCUUCCACUUUCGAGCUGCCAUUCCCAUUUAAGUCUUCUACUGAUUCCCAAUUUCCCUGUGUCAAGUAUACCUCUUGACAUUGUUUUACCUAAAGAGCAAAAGCACCUGCCAGGUUGGUGAAUAUCCGUGAACACUGCUCUCGGCUCAGCUGAAACCAGCACGUAGAACAGUCAGGACCAAUGAAACGAUACAAGCAGAAGGUGGACCUUCACCUGCCCAUGUUCCUUCACACUUAGAUGAACAUGUGGGCAGUCCCAUAACUUCUCUGAUAGCUUUUAGAUAAUAAAAAUCCUUUGAUCAGUUUAAGCCAUAAAAUAUAGUUUUCACUGAGAAAUUUUCAUAUGAAUGCCAAUACACUUUGAUCAACACUUCAAGCUUCAUUCAGAUAGGCCUUCCCUCCACUCCCUCAGCCAGGGUCCCAGGCAGGCUGGGUCCUCCCAGGAAGGGGAGAAGGAACCGCCUCCAAAUUCACAAGGUAAGGACAGGAGAGUGCUCCAGAGAUCAGGCAUCCGUGCUCAGCUCUUCCUGCUGCGGGGAGAUGGGAGACGUUGCUCUGGCCCUGGCCAAGGACUACACGGAGCACUUCCCCUCUCAGGUGCUUUCUAACAAUCUUAGAGACCUGAACUUGAAACAUCUGACUUUGUCUCUCCUGUCCUGGUCAAUGCAGUUUUCUCUGGCUGCCGCUUCCCGCGCCCAGGAGGACCCUUAGUUUCUGGUUCCCAGAAGGCUACUUUCUACAAAUUCUCUGCUUGAUCACCUCUCCAGGUGUUGCUCUUGGGCAAGAUUUACACAUCUCCAGGGGCGCCUGGGUGGCUCAGUGCUUUGAGCGGCUGACUGCGGCUCAGGUCAUGAUCUCUUGGUUUGUGAGUUUGAGCCCCGCGUCGGGCUCUGUGCUGACAGCUCAGAGCCUGGAGCCUGCUUCGGAUUCUGUGUCUCCCUCUCUCUCUGCCCCUCCCCUGCUCACGGUCUGUCUCUCUCUGUCUCUCAAUGAUAAAUAAAUGUUAAAAAACAUUAAAAAAAAAAAAAGAUUUACACAUCUCCAGCACAGCCCUCUCUCACAAACGGCUCUCCUCGGGUCCUCGAGAAACCUUCACACAUACUUUACUCCCACCGACCCAGAUGCCAGAGCUUGGUGGAUUCUCAGAGCACACGGGUCUUGAGUACUCCCUCUCCUUCCCUACUGUCUCUCUGAACAAAUGCCUCAAGCGAACACCUUCAGUCUCUCCAUUUUAGAUAUCUUAGGCAAAAGCCAGAGACUCCAAGAACCAGAGAACACAAACCCACUUUGAUCCUCCUGACACCCCUCCACAGGGAGAUCAAGGAGGAAGACCUUGGACCAGAGAUUAGGUGGGACUCAGCAUUGCUUUCUCAGAAGAAAACUUCCUCACAGAUCCUACCUAAACCCCACUUCCACUGCCUUUGUACGAUCCUGUUUUGAGUGAGGGAUUUUUAAGAGUCAACGAGGAGCUGAGAUAUUUCCUUUGAGAUUUGCUUCCUGCUCUGGCAAGUUUAGAAGUUUACAUCUAUUGUCUCUUGGUGCCUCAGUAAAAAAUGUACUUUUGCAUCUUGUCACACCCAUGUGAACCUGCAAAAACUGCUUUUGUUAAUUAACACCAAGGACAUAGGGCCAAAAAAACUCCUUCUCUAAAAUCACAGACUGUGGGAAACUGAGUUGAGUAUCAGUGAGAACGGAACCCUUGCUCUUGCCUGAAUGAUGGGAGCCUGUGGGUCACUUUGACACAAAGAAGCAGCCUUGAUUUUCAGCCGAGGUGCAGACCGUCAGGUAAAGGAUUUGGACACACAGCAUUCUGCAUUAAUCCAAGGAGAUAGGACUCCGAGUAUGCCAUUCAGCCCAGACCUGAUGUUGCUAAGAAUAUUAUUAAAUGUUUAUAAAAUAUUA